UAGGAAGCUCCCAAAGCCUCUGUAUGGAGAGGGAGGGAGAGACAGAGAGACAAAGCCAGCGCGGUUAAGAUUAGAAGAAACCCUCAAAAGAGAUCCAUGUCUCCAAUCCAUACAUAUCAAAUCGCAUUUCGGACUUACAGAUUUGAUAUUUGAACCCUGUAUUGGGAUUGGGUGAAUUCUGUGUGAUGAAUGGGCAAGUGGGGGGUUUUGGCUGGGAAAGGCGAAAUCUUUAUAUCAGUGUAGCUCAGUAGUGUGACCUUUGUUUACUGCUGAGUUAAGGAGAAGCAACUAGUGGAUUAAAAUGGACGAUGCAGCAGGUUUGAUAGAAGCUGCUGGAUCAAGAUUUAGUCAGUUGGAGCUAAUUGGACGGGGAUCAUUUGGCGAUGUAUAUAAAGGAUUUGAUAGGGAUCUUAACAAAGAAGUUGCAAUCAAAGUAAUCGAUUUGGAAGAAUCAGAGGAUGAAAUUGAGGACAUUCAGAAGGAAAUUUCUGUACUGUCACAAUGUCGAUCUCCCUAUAUUACAGAGUAUUAUGGUUCCUAUCUCAACCAGACAAAACUAUGGAUAAUUAUGGAAUACAUGGCUGGUGGCUCUGUUGCUGAUCUACUCCAGUCUGGUCCCCCACUAGAUGAAACGUCAAUGGCUUGCAUUCUUCGUGAUUUGCUGCAUGCAAUUGAAUAUUUACAUAAUGAAGGAAAGAUUCACAGAGAUAUUAAAGCGGCAAACAUUUUAUUGACAGAAAACGGUGAUGUUAAGGUGGCAGACUUUGGUGUGUCAGCACAACUUACAAGGACAAUAUCAAGGAGGAAGACAUUUGUAGGAACACCAUUCUGGAUGGCUCCAGAAGUAAUUCAAAACUCUGAAGGAUACAAUGAGAAGGCAGAUAUCUGGUCUCUCGGAAUCACUGCCAUUGAGAUGGCGAAAGGGGAGCCGCCACUUGCUGAUCUUCACCCAAUGAGAGUUCUUUUCAUUAUACCUCGAGAAAAUCCACCUCAGUUGGAUGAGCAUUUCUCUCGACCUAUGAAGGAAUUUGUUUCACUUUGUUUGAAAAAGGUACCUGCUGAGCGUGCAAGUGCCAAGGAACUGCUAAAGCACCGAUUUAUCAGGACUGCUAGAAAGAGUCCGAGACUUCUUGAGAGAAUAAGAGAACGUCCGAAGUACCCAAUAAAAGAAGAUGAUGACACCUCCAGAAAUGGUCCGACACCUAGAGGGGAGACAUCUGAUACUGUGAAGGUGACAAGAAAUUUAAGAGAUGAAACAGUUCGAGCUAGUGAACAGGGUAAGAUCAUGAAAAAUGCCGGAUGGGAUUUCAGCAUUGGAUCACAGGGUACAGGGACAAUUAGAAGUGUACCAGCAGUAAAACCACCUCAGGCAAGAGAUAGAAAGCUAGAAGGUCGGCAUAAUCAGGUUGCAUCUGAAAGGCUCCCCGAGAAUAGUAAUCAACGUUUGUCACCUGGGAGUGCACAGCAUGAUUCAUGUGAAGAUGAUGAUGAAGAUUUCAGUGCAAGUGGGACUGGAACUGUUGUUAUACGCACACCCAAAGGAUCUCAGUCAUCUUCUCAGUUUCGUGAUCAAAGCUCUCUGACCAGCAGCACAUAUGCUUCUUAUGAAGAGGCUUCUUCCAGUGGGACUGUUGUUUUUCGUGGCCAGCACGAUGAUUCCGAUUCCCCUCGCACGCCAAAAUCGAGGUUGGGAAUUCAAGAGAGAACUUCAAGUUCUUCAAUUGAAGAUAGUGCUAUGAAUCUUGCAGAGGCAAAGGUAGCACUUCAAGGGAGGAAAGGAAAUGGUAGAGAAAAGUCUGGACUGACGAAGGUCAAUUAUGAUUCCCAAGAUAGCAGAAUAGGGCGGAUGACAAAUAGCUCUGAUUCUUCCAGACAAUCUCAUGACUACUUUGACGCACCAAAAGCAUCUUCAAGAUCAUCUCAAGCCAGUGAUGAUGAUGAAAGUGAAAAGGUUCUAUCAUCUUCCGCAGCAUUAUCAAUGCUGCUUAUACCUUCCCUGAAAGAGGCAGUUGCGGAUAAUUCAGAAGGGUCAGAAGUGCGGUCGGUUGCAAGGUCGCUGGUGAAUUUGGAGAGCUUAAAACCUGGAGUGUGUGAAGUUCUGGUCAGCAAAUUGCUUCAGCGAUUAGCAAGUUCAAAUAGUUCCAACGAAACUUCCUUGAAAGAUCUACAUGACCUGGCAGCUCGCAUCUUUUCUAAGGGUAAGACAACGUCUGGAGAAAUGCAAAACACAAAUACAGAAGCUGAUAACAGGAAAAGGCAGCAAAACAAGGAAUUUCAGUCAAAUGCAAAUAUAAGUCCACUUGCAAGAUUUUUGCUCUCAAGAUGGCAAGGACAAGUUUCACGUGAUCUAAAUCCAGCGUAAAGUAGUUGAUUUAAUAUUUGAUUUGUAGUGUGAUUCCUGCUUAUGCAAUUGUUCCCUGAUUAAAUGUACAUAUCAUUGUAAAAAACUAUGUUCUCAGUAUCUUUUAUACUUAUAUUUUGUUGGUUUUUCAUUUUUUCC